AUGUAUUUUCUAUAUUAUUGUAUACUACUUUUCUAUGGUUAUACAGAAGCUUGUAUACGAAUAGCGCCACUUGAAGAAGCGUUAUUGGCAUUUCAGCGAGAACCAGCAAAACCUCAAGGAGCUUCAUCGGCUCUCAAACCUCUAGCAAGAGUCUCAACCUUCGAAAACCCUCCUCCAAUGCCCAGCCCCGCGGAGUAUGAGGAGUGGGAGAGCGUAGAGGAGAACGAGGAUAGGGCAGAGAAAAGAGAAGGAAAGAAAGUCGAAACAAAAGUUGAUGCUCAAAAGGAUGAGCUACCGGAAUCGAGCCUGAGCUCAAAGGAGAUUGACGAGGUGUUGAACGAGAUCAAGCGGGAAGAAAAUCAACCAAAAUCGACGAAAGGAAGAAGAAAACCGGCCAAAAAUUCACCCAACCCGGCCAAUGACGAGCUCAGAAAAGCGGUGACGGAGGCUAAUAAGCCUAAGAAGAAUAUUAAAAAGCGAAAAAGAGACAAGAAGAAGAAGAAAAAACCUGCCGUGACGAAAACUGAGAAAAAUAAGAGCAUUAAAAUCGACGAGAACUCGAACGCGACAGAAAUCGGAGAAUCAGCGAAACUUCCGCCAAUUCAUGAUCUCGAAUCUUUUCUGGCGAAUAUAAAUUCCAUGCCUAAAUUUGAGGAAAAUCGCGCCGGAUAUGCGGGACCGCAGCAUGACGGUAAAUUCUGUGACCUCCUUCCGUUAACAAUGAGCUGCCCGCGCGGGAUUCAACGAUGCGCCGGCGGGAUGCCGAUGAAUAUGGAGAUGGAUGGGGCUGAUGCUUUUUGUGAGCACACCUUCUCAAACCUGACCACCUACGUCGGCUCGAGUGAAAGUUGGCAUCCGGUGCACAGGAUACGGUGUGUGGACGGAGUGUGGCGUACGGUUGAUCGGCUGCAUCCAAAGAAUUCGUUGAUACUACUCCGUGAUAAUGAUCUCGUCACUUGUGUA